CACGCAACGAAACGAACCCUAUAGCGAAGCGGCUCUCACGAUGGAAUUACUUCAAUACUCCGUCCUCCCAAGAUGGCGGACCCUAUUUACCAACACCCUACUCUCGUCAUGUACGAGAGGGCUAAAGCUCUGAUUGCCGCUAAGAAGGUCUAGAAGCGUCGGUCGACAAGUGGACGAAGAAAUCAUGCUUCAUGUCAACUUCCUUCCCAUCCUUUCGCAAUGGAUAGAAUCUCUAUCUCUACACUACCGAGCCGCAGCAGAUCCGAAGUGCUGCGAACGGGACCAGAAGAACAAUGCAGGAGUCUUGAACAACCACAGAAGGAAUCUGAAGCGCUUUGCAAGGCUUGCGAAGCCCUCGACUUUGAUGUUCUCUUUGGACAACGAAGAAUUCGAACCUUUGAUGAACCCAGUUCCUAUAAGGAUUUAAGGGUUCAUGUCAACAAUGUCGGGGCUAUUCUGCGGAAUAGAGGCUGCAGCUUUUGCAAAUUGCUAAGAUUUGUGAUAUUUGAGCCCAACCCAUUCCUCCCAAGAGAGAAUGGCGAUUUGAUUUGUCGGAGGGGAAAAUGUCCUCCAGAACCCAUCGAUUGGAACCUCAUCGAUUGCUACCUUGUCCCUUUCCACACACAACUCAUCAAUAGGAGUGGAAGCUUCAGCCGCGAGGCUGCUGAGAAGUAUGCCACAUGCCUAUGGCUCAAUUUGAUUCACCCGACGAAGCCUAAGCUAUUCGAGCACUACAUUCUGCACAAAGGUCCCAAGAAAUCAGGCUGUGUCGGAGAAAGAACAUGUUACUUGAAGUUGAAUUUCGACGAGACAAACGUCGAUAUCCUCAAAGAACGACCUCUGCUGAACGGAGCCAAGGCCCACGAGAACGGACCGAAUUUUGACGUGAUUAGGAAAUGGCUUCAUAUCUGUCAGAAGGGUCACGCCGACACGUGUAACAAACGGGAAGGUACCUAUUCUAGGGAGAUGCUCCAUUCUUUCCGUGUCGUCGACGUCGAAAGCCGGAGGAUAGUGCAUGCAGAUCUCGCGAAAGACAACUACGCGGCAUUGAGCUACGUCUGGGGCGCUGACCAUCAUGAAUAUACGAAUCACCUAUUCGACCUUGAAAAAACAGGCGAGCCUCCUGAAUCCACGAACCCUGAUUGGUUCUGUUUUCCCACCAAACUUCCCAGGACCGUAGAAGACGCGCUGGUUGUCUGCAAGGAGAUUGGCGUCGAGUACCUUUGGGUUGACCUGUUCUGUAUCGACCAGCAGAAUGCACAAGAUAAGGCCAUCCAGAUCGAGAACAUGGGAUACAUUUAUUCCAAUGCCGUAGUCACCAUUGUGGCGGCGAGUGGUGGGAAUUGCAACAGCGGACUAAGCGGCUUGCGAGGGCGUUUUCACUCCGAGCAGCCUCCCUUCAGACGUCAAGCUCUGGAGAAGGUCAAAGGCCGCAACAUCACAACCACCCUGUCAGCAGAUAUGUCGAGGAUGCUGGGCGAAAAGGUAGCUUGGUCGAAGAGAGGCUGGACGUUCCAAGAAGGGAUGCUGUCGAGAAGGUGCCUGGUCUUCGCCGACGAAGACGCCAUCAUGCUCUGCCGCAACGGUUCCUUUCGAGACUCAUGCAAUAUUGGCACGGCAGCUGGCGGCGACUUGGGCGACAAGAUCGCUUUCCCGCAGGACCAGAAAACAACAUUGAAUCUCUACAUCUGUAGCUCCGUCCACUGGGAAGCCGCGUUUUCCAUGCUUUACUAUGGGCAUUGUGUCUUUCAACUGACCAUGAGACAAUUUACCAGGGAGAACGACAUCCUCAAUGCCUUCCAAGGGUACCUGAGGAUCGUGCAGGAAGCCUCGCAGAUGGAGUUCACCUUUGCGUUGCCAAAACAGCAAAUCUUGGACGGUCUUUGUUGGGUGUCCCUGAUCCCCAUGGAGCAUUCCCGGCUGGCCGAGUUUCCUUCGUGGAGCUGGAUAGCCUGGCGGUCGUCGUCUUUGUCGUCGUCGUCGAACACCUCGAACGAAACGGAGCAUGAGGACGAGGCAAAUGCCUGCGGGAUGCUCCGACUGUUCUACCCGUUCGUCACAUUCCCCAUGAAAACGUCGCGUGCGCGCGAAGAACUGCAGGCUCUCAUACCGGGCUACCGACACCUGGACUGCAAAAUCGUGAAAGUGAUCCAAGAUAAAGGGCCGCACUCGGAAGUCACGCCCAAGGGCCUCGUCCUGCAGUACGGCGCCAACGUCUCCUUCGAGCCCGGGACGGACGACCGCGUGCUCGUGCUGGAGUCGGAGGUGGCCUCGUUCCGCUUCGGCAUCGUGGACGCCGGCCCAGCAUGUCCGUGGCCCCGGGUCUGCAUCGUGACCACGGACGGCCGCCGGUAUCCCCAGUGGUGCUCCGAUCUCGAUGUGGCCACGCUCGCGAAGCCCGCGGAUCCCACGUAUGCAUCGUGGUCGUGGGCCUUCGAGCAGCCGGUCCAAUGCGUCUUGCUUAAGUACUGGCAGACCGCCACGGCAACUGAGCAAUCGUACAUCCGCAUCCUGGCCAUGCCCUUGGACAAUAGGGCCGGGACUCGCGAGGUGCGGCGCACGUGCGCGCUGUUCUUGCUCCCCCUUCCCGUCUGGGAGUCUGGGGAGCCCCGGUUGAAGACCAUAUACUUGGCUUGAUGGCAGCCCGGGCUCGUUGGCCAACGAGGCAUUAGGGUUUGCAAGGGGCUAAAGACCAGGCUGGGGCAGCAAAGGUAUCGAAAGCGAACCGAACAAGUCUAAUUGUAG